AUGAAAUUUUCCGAGUCUUAUUUUGAACAGACUCAUUUAUUAUUUGUUGAUGCCUUCCUACAAAACAAUCGACUGGACCAUGUGACCCAAGUUAUGGGCUAUCAUCCUUUGUACCUGGAUAUAUUUUUAAAAACGCAAAAUUUCAUUCUCAGGGGAGAUGGACCAUUGCCCUAUGAUUACAGGCAUUUCAUUGCCAUCAUGGCGGCCGGAAGACACAAAUGUAGUUAUCUAAUAAAUUUACAAAAGCAAGAAUUUUUGCUCCAGGGAGGAGAGUCGAAUUGGCUCAAAGGACUGAAAGCCAUACCGCAAAAACUUCGAGAUCUCUACGAUAUAAAUAAAAUAUUAGCACACAGACCAUGGCUAAUGAAUAAAUCUCACAUCGAGAAAUUAACAAAAGGAACGGAAUCUUGGUCAUUGGCUGAAGUCGUGCACGCCAUAGUGAUACUAGCACACUUUCACGCUCUCUCGUCUUUCGUAUUCGGCUGUGGUGUCAACGAAGAAUUAGACCAAGACGGUAUUCGUAGAUUCGACGGUAGCUUAGGAGAUAACGCCACUCCGAAAUCAUCGCCCAAAGUGAACAAUGCAAUAUGGUCGACGCCGACAACCGACAAAGGGCGGUCUUGGUCUGUCACGAAUGCCGUACCAACGACCGAAUCCGAAGUCGGCCUUGAAACGCUUAUGGAGAGAAUGAAGACUUUAUCGCAAAAAUCGGAAGAAUGUUCUCAGGAAGAGGCUGCGAAAAGGUUUGAAAACGUUGAAACUCAAAGCAUUGAACUGAGUUCCAACUUGGAGCUUCCAAAUCCGAAUUUAAAUGCAGACAUUGGACACUUUGUGGAGGAUCCAACGUUUUUAUAUCAAGACUUUGCUAAAAGAGGAGAUCACGACAUACCAACGUUCAGAGUUCAGGAUUAUUCCUGGGACGAUCAGGGAUAUUCAUUAGUCAAUCAAUUGUACAACGACGUAGGAAAUCUUCUCGAUGAAAAGUUCAAAACGACGUACAAUCUCACAUAUUAUACAAUGGGAGGAAGAAAAGAUGUCGACACGUCGAGGUUUCGUAUGGCUGUUUGGAAUUAUAUUCAAUGCAUGUUCGGCAUCAGGCACGACGAUUACGAUUACGGUGAAGUUAAUCAACUUUUAGAAAGAUCUCUUAAAGCAUUCAUUAAAUCCACGUGUUGUUAUCCGGAAUGUGUGACGAAAAAAGACUACGAUAGGGUUCUCAGGGAAUUUGAACACUCGGAAAAGGUUCACGUUAACCUUAUGAUUUUAGAAGCGAGAAUGCAAGCAGAAUUACUCUACGCACUUAGAGCUGUCAUGAUUUACAUGACUUGA